GAUAUCACCUCCCCCACCUUGUCUCUCAGAUCCUGGGACCAAACAUAGCUACACCACCACUGCCAAGGGGGAGGGAGCCAGAUGAAACAGUAAAGGGCUCAGACACAAGCCUGCUGCAUCCUUGCGCAGGGGAGCCAGGCAGAUUGAGGAGCAGCCUUAGGUAUAGGCUGAUAUUUCCUUUGAAUUCUCUGGCUUGUAUCUGGAGCAAGUGGGGACUAUUGUUUACAGCUUCCAUGCUGGUUUUGCCCGUGUAUAAGGCACCAGCACUAUCCGGGUUGCAGUGGUGACCGGUGACGUCCCAAUGUGUUUCCUUGCCCGAGUACAUUAAUGUGUGCGAUGGAUUUAGGCAUUCGUUUGAAUGGCGGAUUUAGGCGCAUGCAGGCUGAGCUCCCCGCCUAUGCAGACGCACAAAGGGGCGCAGAGGGCGCGCGCUCGGGGGAGCGCAUCUCCUCCAGGCUAAAACUCUCCGUCGAGGACAGUUUCAGGGUGUCCAGUCCCGGAGCCCCACCAGCAACCGGCGUGGGAAGGGGCUGUUGUUUUCCGCGCCAGCCCGGAUAAUGUGGCGAUCACGGCUCGGGUCGGGGGGAGCGGAGUCCCCUCAGGCUGCAAGGAGGCGAAGGAGGCGGGAUCUGCCCACCCGCAGGGCUGAUCCCCGGGGAGCGAUCGCGUUGCAAUGUGACUCCAUGAAACUGACACGGGCUCUAGCGCCAUCAGCAAAGGGAGGAGCGCGCGGCUGGGGGGGGCACAGCCCAGUGUGAGCAGCCUCCAGCAGCGGCUGCAGCAGCGUCUCUCCGGGAGCCGAGCCCCAGCUCAUCCCGGCACGGCGGCCGCAGCGCCCCCGCUCCCCGGCAGAAGGCAUGGAGGGCGGUCAGGAGAUGUCCCCCUCCUCAACCAAUUCCUCCGAGGAGCUCAGCUCGGCCCCGCCGCUCACCAAAGGGAUGUCGAUCUUCCUCGAUAUACUGAGAAGAGCAGACAAAAAUGAUGAUGGCAAACUGUCUUUUGAGGAAUUCAAAGCCUACUUUGCUGAUGGAGUCCUGAGUGGAGAAGAAUUGCACGAGCUUUUUCACACCAUUGAUACACACAAUACUAACAACCUUGACACAGAAGAACUCUGUGAAUAUUUUUCUCGGCAUUUGGGAGAGUAUGAAAAUGUGCUGUCUGCCUUAGAAGACCUAAAUGUUUCUAUACUGAAGGCAAUGGACAAAACAAAGAAAGACUAUCAAAAGGCCUCUAACUUGGAACAGUUUGUGACUCGUUUCUUACUGAAAGAAACAUUGAAUCAGCUGCAGUCUCUCCAGAACUCCCUGGAUUGUGCCAUGGAAACCACAGAAGAGCAAACUCGUCAAGAAAGACAAGGACCAACAAAGCCAGAGGUGUUCUCAAUUCAGUGGCCAGGAAAACGUUCAAAUCGAAGAUUUCAGAGGAACAGUAGUUUAUCACCAAACAGUCCUCACUUAAAUAUAGGUUGGUUAGAGGAAGACAACCAAUGGAUGACCCAGAUAAACAGACUCCAGAAGUUGAUUGACAGGCUGGAAAAGAAGGAUCUAAAGCUUGAGCCACUGGAAGAAGAGAUUUUGGAAGGAAACACAAAAUCUCACAUAAUGAUUGUUCAGCGUCAAAUGUCUGUGCUAGAGGAAGAACUAGAAGAAUUCCGACUUGCUCUGAAACAGUAUGUGGAAUCUGCUUCUACUCGGACUGGAUGUUUGCAUGUUUCCAUACAGAAGCUUUCAAGUGAAUCCCGCUUCAUCAUUUAUGAGUUCUGGGAGAACAGCAGUGCCUGGAAUAGUCAUCUCCAAAUGAACUACAGCAAGACAUUCCAAAGGAGUAAUGUGGACUUCUUGGAAACUCCAGAACUCAUGACAACUAUGCUAGUACCUGCUUCAUGGUGGGUCCUGAACAACAACUAGAAGCUUUCAUUGUGGGUCCAAGUAAUGGUAAAUGUUAUAUUUGCAUUCAAACAGCAUCCAUACACCAGUCGAUAGGUGCUACAGCUAAUGGACUGUGAUGUAACAUUGUUUAUCACACGCACAAUCUUUUCCAUUUUAAAAUAUGGAAAAAUUAUGUACACGUUAUAUUCUCUCCUUGUGACUAUUUUGGUGAACCAUUUUUACAAGCUUACGUAAGGACACUUAUGGCCCUGUUAAACUGCUAGAUCUGUGUGUGUGUGUGCGCGCGCGCACGUGCGUGCUCAAGCCAGCAAAAUUAUUGUACAGAAAUAUGUCUCAUAAAAAUGGUCAGUGUAUGUGAGUGUUAAGUACUGGUUUUGA